ACACUGGAGAGAUGAAGGAGGAGGAGGAGGAAGAAGAGGAAGAUGACAGAGGAGGAGGAGGAAAGUAGGCCGGCUCCGGGGCGGGUGUUGAACAUGGCACUGUCUCACGCACUGUCCGAGCCUCCAGAUUAAACACUACUGAACACUCCCACAUACAGACAUAUAUAUACACACAGACACACGCGGGCGGGCUCGCGCUCCAGCUGUUUAAACGCACGAGACCAAUUCCGCGCGGAUUACUACACGCACUUUCUUCACGCGCACAGUAAACCCUGCGCGAGGACCGAGAGGGACACAUUAGAGCGACAUGGAGACACUGUCCAGGACAGGGGCAGAAGACGAGCCGAGUGCGGGCGGAGAGCCUCCUCUCCCGGUGGACCAGGCGGCCGCGGGUCCGUGGGGAAGCUCGAGCGUGAAGAAGCACCAGCACAAACACAACCUGAAGCACCGCUACGAGCUGCUCGAGACGCUCGGCAGAGGCACGUACGGCAAAGUCAAGAAGGCUGUGGAGAGACACACCGGCCGCGUGGUCGCGAUCAAGUCCAUCCGUAAAGAGAAGAUCAAAGACGAACAGGACAUGGUUCACAUCCGCCGAGAGAUCGAGAUCAUGUCUUCCCUACGCCAUCCACACAUUAUAUCUAUAUACGAAGUGUUCGAGAAUAAGGACAAGAUUGUCAUCGUAAUGGAGUACGCCAGCAAAGGCGAGCUGUACGACUACAUCAGCGAGCGGCGUAAGCUCAGCGAGAGAGAGACGAGACACUUCUUCAGGCAGAUUGUCUCAGCUGUACAUCACUGUCACAAGAAAGGAGUCGUGCACCGGGAUCUAAAACUGGAAAAUGUGCUGCUAGAUGACAAUUACAAUAUAAAGAUUGCAGAUUUUGGGCUGUCCAACCUUUACCACAAAGACAAGCUUCUGCAGACCUUCUGCGGCAGUCCUCUCUACGCCUCACCUGAAAUUGUAAAUGGAAGGCCAUAUCGAGGACCAGAGGUCGAUAGCUGGGCUCUUGGUGUGUUGCUGUACACUCUGGUGUAUGGCACGAUGCCGUUUGAUGGAGGUGAUCACAAAAGACUCAUACGCCAAAUCAGCAAAGGGGAGUACAGGGAACCUCCCCAGUCAUCAGAUGCUCGUGGUCUGAUUCGUUGGAUGCUGAUGGUAAACCCAGAUCGCCGGGCCACUGUAGAGGACAUCGCCAACCACUGGUGGGUCAACUGGGGCUGGAAGACCAGUGUAUGUGACUGCCAGACUCAGCGAGAGAACAGCUCACCUAUGCUCGCUCGAUUUAUUGACUGGCAGAGUCGCACUGAGACUCAGCCAAGCAAACUGACCUGCACCGAAUCAGGCGCCAACACCACUGGUACCAUUUCAACCCGCCGACUCAGGAGAUCCUCAAAGGAAAAUGAAGGUGGCAUUAGGGCGGUUCUAGAGGAGAAGCCAGCCGUCAAGAGGCCCAAAAGUAUCCUAAAAACUCGGUCGAGCACCGGAGAUCAGCGUUCCCAAAGUUUGUGCGAAGCUGAGUUGCGGCGCUCCAUCUGCUACAGAGAUGUUGAACCCACCUCGAGUCCUGAGAGGGAGGAAGCAGCAGGUGGCUCACCAGCCAAAAUGAUGCCCUCUCUUCCUAUGAAAGGCAUUCUGAAAAACAACCAUCAGCGCGAGUCUGGCUACUAUUCAUCUCCAGAGGGUAGCGAGUCCUCAGAGUUGCUGGGAAGCACCGUGGCUCCACCUCCCAAUGGCUCACCUCCUAAAAGGGCACCUGGGAGGAAGGGCAUUUUGAAGAGGAAUGGGAAAUACUCGUCUCACAUGGCACCCACGUUGGACUCAAACCUCCCACAGAGUCAGACUCGACCCUCAGCCAUUGUUAGGGAGGAGAUAGGGAUGGCGAGUAUGGCGGUAGACUGGCCACCUGCUUCUCCUAAACCCAAUAUCAGGGGCAGCCUCUCAGCCGAGGAUCUACUGCAGAUGGCAGGAUUUAGGGGACUGCAAACAGCAGCGCCCCUUUCUGGUUUAAAGAGCACACGCAGUCCACCGGGAUCUCCUGGGGACAAUGGCAGCUUCUCCUUACUAGGAGAUCUGGAUGAUGUGACUCAGGUGUAUCAGCAGGCCCUGAACAUUAGCAACCGUCUCAGUUAGAAAGGGAGUGAGAAAGUGUGCGUGAAAGGCUACGGCAAACAGGAAUAAUCAAUCACGCAUUCAAUCACGACCUCGAACUGCGUUAUGUUUACAUGCUACAAGAAGGGAAAUCUAAAGCUGUGGAGCUCAGUAUGUGAUCAUAUUGAUUUCUCUCUCUUUCAACUAAGUGACCCAGGAAGAAUAAGGACAAGCACCUUAUAGAUACAUUUGUCCUCCAUAGAAACAGUACAACCCUGACUGCUUACUACUGACAUACAGCACAAACGAACAAACAAAAAAAAAGUUUUGUCACCAAGUUAUUUAUUUAUAAAUACCUGAGCAUAUGAAUCUGCAUGGCCACAAAAAAAAGUCUUUAUUGUUUAUAGACUGAACUGCAAGGUCCAAGUCUGUCAACGCUAUGUCGGCUUGACUCAACUAUGACGUUACAGAAAGCACAUAUAGAGGUCGGAGGUCACACCAGAAUAGUUACAGUGACUCUCACAUAAACCCUACUGCUUGUAGACUGAGCCAUUUAAACAUGUGGUGUUACACAUUGGAGGUACUGGGUGGAACCUACAGAGUAAAUCCAGGAACACCCUGAACUUCAACAACAGACGCUAUUGAAAAGAGCGGAGUAGGCUAUUCCUGUUUAAUAUCAGCAGUGUGUCAAAAUGCCGUUCAUUCCAAAACAUGACAGGUCAGGAAAAACAACCUUUUACAAAAAUAUACAAUAAAUUGCUUGUUAAAAAAGGAAGAAAAAAAAGUCAGGUUCAAGAUUGUACAGUUAAACCUUACAAAACAAUAGAUGCUUUGGAGUUUUGUGAAAGUGCAGUGCUUUUUCUGUGUAUCAGACUACCUUUAACUGGAUCGACAGUGCUAAUUAUUAUACUAUGUUAGUAUUUUUUCUUUUUUUUUCUUUCAUUGAUGCAUUUUGCUUUCAGGUUGUUAUGCAAAUGAUUAAGUGUGUGUGUGUUGGCUUCAUUUCAAGGCAGUGGAAUUUUCCUUUUAACUAGCCACACUUUAAGACAAAUGUGCUUUAUAUGGUAGGGUGCAAAAAUCUUGAACCACCCCUUAUUUCUUUAUAUUUUGCUUCCAAUGACCAAUUCCAAUUUUUUUUUAUGUAGUCUAUAGUAAUUUUAUAUAGAGUACAUAUAUUUUUAAUGUUGUCUUGAUGAAUAGUUCUCCUUUUGGCUCUCACUUUUUGGCUCUCAUUUUCAGUCCUGUCCCCGUACCUGAACAGUUUCAGGGCAAGACAAGUUUAUUUGUAUAGCACAUUUUAUACCCAAUGGUAAUUCAAAGUGCUUUAAAUAAAAGAGAAGAAGAUAAUCAUAAAAUGAAAUAAAAAUAAUAGCAAUAAAACUUUUUAAAUGAUUUAAAAUUUGAUUUAAAAUAAAAAUAAACCAGGUUAGCUUUCUUAUUAAUGUUUUGUAACUGUUUUAUUCUGAUUAGAAAUAAAAUUUUAAAUGGUUUUAAAAGUUUCAUUGCAUCUUUUUGUAACAACAAUUUGCAGACUGUCACAGUUUUAAAAACGUUCCCAUUUCCUAAAUUUAAUCUAAAUCAUUUAAUUUCAUUUAAGAAAUGAGAGGUGGCUCCAGACUUUUGCACAGUACUGUGUGUAUGUAACAAGCUGCAGUAAGGAGCAUAUGAUCUGUCUACAUAUAUUUUAACAAGGAAACAGAAGAAAAACUAAAUUCUACGCUUCUAUAACUGCAAAACUGGAAAAAAAAAUGUUCGCACAUAUUUAUCACUUAGGGUCAUUUUCAUAUUGCAGUAAUUAACUGGAUAUUGUGUAUUUAUACAGUAUGUAUUUAAAUGUUCUAUUGUUAUUUAAUCUUUCAUGUAUAAUAUUAUUGUACCUUAUUCCCAUGGCCAUUGUUUUUUUUGUUUUGUUUUUUGCGAAAUGCAUUUGCUAACUUUUUGUUGUGUGCCUUCAUUGACCAGAAGAUUGUCGGUAUAAUAUUUAUCCACGUUUUAAAUAUGGUUCAACUUACAGUGUUAAAAAAUAUGUAGUUUGGUUAAGUAUCAGUGACACAACACUUAUUUUGUGGAAAUAAAUGGUGUUUUAAGGACAAAAAGGUCCGCUUGGUCCACAACAGGGUUUUGUAGUGUGUGUGUGUGUGUCCGUGUGUGUGUGUAUGUGUGUGUGAGUGCGGUGUAUACAAUACAUCGAAUAUCGCUGUAAUGGUUUCUGUAUUUUUAUUUGGGGGGGGGAUGUUUGUUUUACCGCAGCCUGCUUAAAACAUGAUGCUAAUGUAAAGAUUUCUCAACAAGCAACGACGUUCUCACACCUGUUUUUUUUUGUUUGGUUGUUUUCCUUGAGAUAUACAGUAGUGUAUGUGAUAAAAAAAACAUGUCGGAAAACUCAUCUGACGAGACUGGUUAUUUGCUAAGUUGAAUAGAGAUGUGUAAAAUUUGGUGAGUGUUGUUUGCUUACACAGUGAAUUUUAUGCAUCAGUCAACUUUUUAAAUAUGUUUAACUGACUUAAUAAAAUGACAUCUCAUUAAGCAAAA